GAUCAUCAGAGGCAGGUGCUUAUAGUGCUGACCAGAACAGCUCUGCAACGAGUAGAAACAGGCACAAUGUUGCAUAUUUUUUGAAAAUGCUCAUUUUCAAUUUGUGAAACUCAUACUUCUUAAAAAGGCCUCUGUUCAGGUGAAGAAAGCAGUUUUCCUCUUGUGCUUGCACAUAUGCAUUCUUGAUCUGACAUGACUUGCAACCACAAGAGAGCACUCUUUCCUUUGAAGAUUUCUCAGCUUCUCCAGAAAGCUAGAGACGUGCCGUAUAAGUUUUGCAAACUGCUCGUGAGCUGUUUCAGUUAGACCAGAGCAGCCGAAACAACAAAGCUUGCAGUUGUCUUUUGGAUUUCAUUGUGAAAAGCCUUUGGGUAGUUUUCAGAUGACAGAAGAUCCUUGGUUCCUGAAAGGGAGGAGUUCUGCCAAAACUUUGAAGAUCCCUGUAAACUUUGCAAAUUACCCAGCUUUUGGAGACAAUUAUAUCAAACGAUAUUGUGGAUUACAAUACAUGAGAAGUGUUUAGAGCCUGGAAGAUUAUUUAUGUUUGGCGUUAACUCGUAUGGUCAUAAUUUCAAGCAGGGAGAAAAGGAAUACACAGGAACCCUCUUAUUAUCUUUUGAAAUAUGAAGAUCAGAGGAAAAGAAGGGUUUAAUGUGUGGAAUGAUGGUCCUCGAUACCUGUCUGUAAAUUAGCUGGCAUCCUGCAUCUAUAAAAACAUCAAGCCUUAGAGCUGAUUACCAAGCACAGAGUGGACCUCAUGAGUUGUUCGCAGUGCUUUGAGAUCUGAGUUUUUACACACCGCAGGAGGAAUCUGCAGCCUGCAGGGCAGAGUACCUACACAAAUGUUUCCUCCUCGUUUGGAUUGAUACAAGAUUUGGAAGCCAAAUUCAGGAGCUGACAUUGCACUGGUGAGAAAAGACGGAGCAUGGACAGCGGUAAAGAGGAUGAUGGACUGUUGAACAGGAUUGCAUUUCCAGGAGCGAUGUCCCUGGCUAGCAGCCAUGUGCAUCCCCACGGGGUCCCCCUGAGAGAGCCCUUCGGGGUUCCCUUCCACCUGGACCCAUCUUACUGGGAGCAAGCCUACGGUGGGCACGCAGGUCGCAUCUCCUACAUCCCGUUCCCUGGCUACGUGGGCGUCUAUGACUAUUCCUUUGAGCCUGCCUUCAUUCGAAAGAGGAACGAGAGGGAGAGGCAGCGGGUGCGCUGCGUGAACGAGGGCUACACGCGCCUGAGGGAGCACCUGCCCAAAGAAUUUGCUGACAAGCGCCUCAGCAAAGUGGAGACCCUGCGAGCUGCAAUAAGCUACAUCAAGCACCUGCAGAGCUUGCUGGACUGCCAUCCCCUAGGGUCUAACAGUAAGGAAACGCUCUCCGCCAAGGAGCUCCCUGAUGGUCCCAGUCCUGGUCCCCUGCGGGAGUGCAACAGUGAUGGAGAGUCUAAAACCUCCUCAGCUUCAUCCCCCUACAGUGAAUUUGAGGAGGCGGGCAGCUAGGAAAUGGCCCCCUGGAGACAGAAGCCUUCAAGAUCAGCUGAAAACCAAAACUAAAACCCCAGGGAUUUUUCUACAGGUUAAAAUGAGUACCAGGAAAAGGGAAAACAGCUAGGAAAAAAAGAUAAAGGUAUUUUCAAUCUGUCGAAGAACUUUAAAUGUUGUCUGCACAAAACUUAAAGAUGAUUCUUAAGCAAAUAGAUAUUGCUUAGGUUGUUUCAGCUGUGUUACUAAACUUUGGCUUGUUAAAACCAAAGCAACUUUUGCCUUCUACUUUUCAUUCAGCUUUUAUUCUGUUUGUCUGUUUUCUUUUGCCCUUCACUCGAGGAGACAGCAAAACCAGAUAAAUCCAUUUCAGGAAACUCCCCUCCGCUUUAUCCCGCUUCCUCCUUUAAGUUUUAUUGUCUGUUUUUCCUGAGUGCUAACCUGAGACAUACCGGGUUACAAAUAUUUGGACUGGGAAAGGUAAGAUCUACAUAACAUAUCUUUCCCUACAUUUUUUUAGAAAACCCACAGAAAUACUCCUAUUUCUGAAAAGACAGUGUUUUUAUAAAUAAGCCUACAUUUGUGAAUUAAUUUCUUUUAUGGCUUCUUCUAAAGUGAAAGAAGCAACUCAUGCAUUGGACUCUGGCUAUUUGGUGAUUAUCCAAAGGAUAAUUUUCAGGAAAAGAAAGUUGGACCCUUUCACUCGAAUCCAUUCUAGGAAGUGGUAGACAGAGAUUUGUAAAACUGCACCUAUAAAAGCAAAGCUCCAUUCGUGAUACAGAAAAAUGUUGCCAGUCUGUUUCUUUAUUUUCUGAAAACUGAGUUGUACACAAACUAGUCCUGACUGUGUCUUUUUGACAGGUCAGAAAUUAUGUGCUUAGAAACGUGUUCCUGUAGAGGUUAAGUCCUGAAAGGUACAGAAAUGUACAUUAAAUUAAUGUACAGAAAGGGUAACAUUAAAUAUAUCAGUUUGUAUCUGCAUGAAAAUGUAGGUAUUUCUCCUUUUGAUCAGAAUGUUGCAUUACUUUUUCAAAGAAUAUACCUUUUCAAACUGAUAUCUCAAAAUGUAUGAAAUACUUAUAAUUUGAACAAUGUCUGCUUAAAAUGAGAACUUUUCUCCAAAUUGAUCAAAAAAUCUUUGUUUUUCUAAGGCCAGAUUUAAUUAACAUUUAUCUAUGUGCUUAAAUCCGAUUCUGAAUUUGGGGUAAACUCCUUCUUACAUUUUGCACAAACUUUUCAAACAUCUGCUUUUUUUGGCCUCAUGUUGGUGAGAUGGUUUUGUAUCUUUUUGUCUUUCCUUCACAUAUGCUGACUGACCACCUGAAAAAAAUACUUGUGUAUAAAUGAGAACACAUACUGACUAAAUACCUCAAUUUUAUGUGUCCAUAAAUU